AUGGCCCGCCUUACCCGCCAGUCUGCUCGACUCAGUGCGGCCCAGCAAUCCCCCGCCACCACCACCAACUCCACCGCCAAUCCUUCGCCUGCUUUUAGCACCAUUUCCUCCCAUGAGACACCCCCAACAUCAGACGAUGAGCUACCCAUUUUGCUGACUAAAAAGCGCCCUCUUCAGCAGGACGAACCGGAGCAACCUUCUCGCAAGAGACGUGCUCCAGCGAAGCAAGUUUUUGUUGAGAUUGUACGACCGUCUCGUGCGAAAACCAUGCCCGUAAAACCUAUUCGCACCGCGGCCAAGGGUAAAGGAAAGGCCAGGGCCCAAGACUCUUCCCCCAGCUCUGACGACGAGAUUGCUUUUCUCGAGUCACCAACCAAAAACAAGGGAAAAGGCAAAGCUGUCGAGUCUGCGCCUGCUUCCGACUAUGAUUGCGGUCUGGAGUACGACGAGAAAGCUGAGCUGUUUGAAUCUGAAGACAGUGGGUCUGAAUUCAUUGGAUCUGACGACGACGACCCUAUUCAAGCCGUCGAUGAGGAUGAUGAAGAGGACAUCGACGAUGAUACUGUUAUGAUUGACGCGGCCAUCCAAAUGUCAUUAGAAACUCAGAAUAGCGUCAACUCCACCAAGCUUGUCUCCCCCAAUCCUCAAGCUAUUCUCCGCGCGCGGGCCGCUGAGGCUAGAAUUGCCUCAGCCAAGAAUGGCAAAGCCAACUUAGUCGACGAUUCUUCAAUGGUCUUGGACGCCAGCGACUCUGAAGAAGAAGUCCCGCUUCGCAAAAAGAAGGCGCCAAAGAAGACCAAAAAGGUUCAAGAUGAAGAGUUCGACGACGAACUGUCUGCCAUGUCUUCUGAAGAAUACGAGUCUGACGCGCCGAUCAGUAGAGGCAAGGGGAAAAGCAAGGUCACCAUCAAGCCGAAAGCCAAGUCAAUGACUAUGGCCGAACUGCGCCGGCAGAGAAAACAAGAACGACUUCGAAAACGAGCAGAGCGCCGUGUAAACAUUAUGGAGGAGCGAGCUCUACGCAAAAAACUCGGUCGAAAAUUAACUUAUGCGGAGAAGUCAACCAUAGCUCUUCACAAGCACCAUCCCGAACUGCGUGAUGUUUGGGGUGAUCUCGAAGCAAAAAUUCCCAUUCUCGUGCCCCAGCCUGCUACGCAGCCUGCCAACUUGAAGCUUACACUGCUUCCCUUCCAACGCGAGAGUCUUUCCUGGAUGCAAAAGCAAGAGAAAGGUGUUUGGUCCGGUGGAAUGCUAGCGGAUGAAAUGGGCAUGGGUAAAACGAUCCAAAUGAUUGCUCUACUAGUUGCGGACGGUGGCAAGCCUAAUCUUGUGGUCGCACCAACCGUUGCCAUCAUGCAGUGGAAGAACGAGAUUGCAGCACAUACACAUGGUCUUGAGGUUCUCGUCUGGCAUGGCGCUGCAAGACAAUCCGAUCCUAAAGAGUUGAAAAAAUUCGAUGUGGUACUGACAACCUAUGCGGUCAUGGAGUCAUGCUUCCGGAAACAAGAGCAAGGCUUCAAGCGCAAGGGCAUGAUCGUGAAGGAAAAGUCACCCAUUCAUCGCAUCGAAUGGAAUAGAAUUAUACUUGACGAAGCCCAUAACAUCAAAGAGCGGUCAACCAAUACGGCAAAAGCAGCCUUUGAACUUAAAGCUCGGGGCCGUUGGUGUCUCUCUGGAACACCUCUGCAAAACCGGGUCGGAGAACUUUAUAGUCUGGUUCGAUUUUUAGGAGGCGACCCCUUCUCCUUCUACUACUGUAAGAAAUGCGACUGCAAAUCGCUCCAUUGGAGAUUCUCCGAUAAACGUUCCUGUGAUGAUUGUGGGCACAGUCCAAUGCAACACACUUGCUUUUGGAACAACGAAAUCCUGACGCCCAUCCAAAAAUACGGAAUGGCUGGCCCUGGUCAAAUCGCCUUCAAAAAAUUGAAAAUUCUAUUGGAUCGCAUGAUGUUGCGCCGUACCAAGCUUCAACGCGCAGAUGAUCUUGGCUUGCCACCUAGAACUGUGAUCGUCCGUCGUGAUUACUUCAGUCCGGAAGAAAGGGAGCUCUACCUAUCGCUUUUCUCUGAUGUCAAGCGUCGCUUCGAUACAUAUCUCGAGGAGGGGACAAUCCUCAAUAACUACUCGAACAUCUUCAGCCUGCUUACUCGCAUGCGUCAAAUGGCUUGUCAUCCCGAUCUAGUCAUUCGAAGCAAGAAGAAUGCAAACAGUUUCCUUCCCACCGAGCCUGAGGCCACGGUUUGCCGUCUUUGCAACGACGUCGCAGAAGAUGCCAUCCAGUCCAAAUGCCGCCACAUUUUCGAUCGUGAAUGCAUCAAGCAAUAUCUCAACACGGCAAUUGAGCAACAACCAGACUGCCCCGUCUGCCAUCUACCACUCACCAUCGACCUCGAUGCGCCAGCCCUGGAGCUUGAACAGAAUGUCCCUGAUGCGCGACAGGGAAUCCUCGGUCGCCUGAAUCUAGAGAAAUGGCGCUCCUCAACCAAGAUUGAGGCGUUACUGGAGGAGUUGGUCAAUCUGCGAAUGAAAGACGCAACAACAAAGAGCCUCGUGUUCAGCCAGUUUGUCAAUUUUUUGGACCUGAUUGCGUACAGACUACAAGGCGCUGGUUUCAAGAUUUGCCGCCUGGAAGGGACCAUGAGUCCUCAAGCUCGCGAUGCGACCAUCAAACACUUCAUGGAAAACGUCGAGGUCACGGUUUUCCUCGUCAGCCUCAAAGCUGGAGGCGUUGCGUUGAACUUGACGGAGGCAUCGCGAGUCUAUCUCAUGGACAGUUGGUGGAAUCCAGCCGUCGAAUUUCAGGCGAUGGAUCGCAUUCACCGUCUUGGCCAGAAGCGUCCCGUCAAGGCCAUCAAACUUGUUGUAGAAGAUUCGAUUGAAAGUCGUAUAGUUCAGUUGCAAGAGAAGAAAUCAGCAAUGGUUGACGCGACGCUCUCGACCGACGACCAGGCAAUGGGCAGAUUGACACCUCAGGAUCUACAAUUCCUGUUUAGGCUGUGA